CACUUCGACAUCGGUUGGUUUCAUUCAUUUAUCAGGUUUCUAUCAGGUAACGUGGUUUGUACUGACUCUGUUGAAUUGCGGUGUAAAAAUUAGUAAGAGUGCAAUAUUCAGUGUUGGCGCCUAAAAACGACGGUUGGGCUUGUUUAUGAUCAGAACUAACCAUGGAUAAGAGAAAAAUAAUUCAAGGAUGUACAAUACUUGUCGUAAUAAAUAUAUCCUGGAUAAACGCCAAACAAAGCGAAUAUAUUUCAGACCCAAUGAAUAUACAGAUGAAGAGUGGUGCCGGGUUCGUCGGGCAUAGUAAUGAAGAUUUUUACUCAGAUGUCAAUCAAAUUGAUGAUGUAAUAUUGCCACUCUCGCUGCCAAACGGAAGAGACAUGCCACAUGUUCCUGAGAUUAAUUCUCUCGUCCCAAAUGCACCUGAAAACGUAUUCAAUUAUACUCGGGAUGCAGUAGGAAGUAAAAUCAGCGACAAAACGGGAGUUUAUGAUAAUUAUAUAUCACUGGAAAAACCCUCCAUUCAAUUCCCUGCCAAUGAAGGUUUUGUGGAUAUUCAUGGUAAAACUGUUUUAGCAAGAUAUCCCCCGGUAUUGAAUUCAAAGCGUGCUCCUUCUGGCUUUCUUGGUUUAAGAGGCAAAAAACAUAAUAAUGCGCCUUGGCGUUCAUCUAAGGAAUAUUUGGGAACACUCCAAAGAAAAACCAACUUCGAUGGAACCAAAGAGAUGACUAAUGAAUCAGCAGAUUAUAAACUACCUGUAAUGUUAGAACUUCAUGACCUAAUUCGAGAAAAUCGUAAAAUUUUGGGUGAAAUUAAUGAAAUUAAGCAAUUUAACGAAAAUUUGUUGGACCUUAUUAGUACUGAAACCAUUGCGCUACGUCCGGUUAAAAAGCGUGUUCCAUCUGGAUUUCUUGGGAUGCGUGGAAAAAAGAUGGUCGACAUGGAGAGAGAACAUGUAGCAGAAAAAUGAUCACCUUUAGGAUUUCUUGAAACUUUAUUUGCAGGCACAAAUCUUGGAAACAAGUGAUCUGGUCUAGUCUGAGUAGGAAAUAAGGAACGAUACUUUCCAUUAUUCGUUAACCAAUAAUAAAAAAUUACUACAUCUUACUGAAUGGUACAGAACAAUGAAAAUAUAAAUUAGUUAUAUAGCGAUGUGAUAUGAAAUUAUAUUAUCUCUAAGGAAUGUUAAGAGUACUAUACUAUGAAAUUCAUGUUUAUACAGUGAGAAAUAAAUAUUGAAAUCAUCAACGCAGAAAAAUCUGUUAUCCUUGCAA